GAAAAUUUGGUGUAUAGUUUUACCACUGGAGGUUUUGUGAAAAACCCAGUUGAUAAAAUGCAAGCUAAGUCUUGGAAUCUGUUUCUUUUUUGUGUUUAAUUAAUUAAUUUUUUUUUCAAAAACGAAGAAUGAACAAUAUUCUUUUCUUGCAUGCCGUUGCAUAGGAGUUCAAUGUUAUUUGCUUGGGUUGAGUAUGUUCACUGAAAUUCAGCCAACAACUAACUGAGUGGUUUCUCACAAUGGGUCGAGAACUUCUAUGUUUAUGUCGGGUGGAAGCUAGGAGAUUGAUAUGGCUCAUAGGCAUGAUGUUUGCAGUGAUUUUAGUGUUCCAGUAUUGUGAAUUUCCUUAUGGUAAUCUUCUCUCAUCUUUAUUUUCUGCUGGUAAGGCUUCGGUAGGGGGAAAUAGUAGCUUCCAGAAUGGAGAUUCACCAUCUCAAUCUGUGUCUAUUGGUAACAUGACGAAUUUGAUUGAUUCAAACUCCCACAGUACAUAUUCUGUUCAUGAGAGAGCUAAUACUUCUAAUGGAAGGGAUAGCAUCCCCAAGGAUGCUUCUUUAUCAGGUAAAAAUGGAGGCUCAAACCACUCUCUAGGACUAGAUAAGGACUCUUCACCUGAAAAUUUGGUAAAGCUAAAUAAUAUUUCUAGUGAAAAUAAUGGAUCUGCAGCAGAGGAGGCUAGAGAACCUGAACAGAGAUUUUAUCAAACCAACUAUACUACAGAUAGUGACUUUUCAAUACAUAAGAUUGAAAAGGAUUAUAAUACUUCCACUUCAGAACAUAUUGAAAGCUCAGAUGCUGGUUUUGCAUCCCCUUCGCCUGCAGUACCACCUAUGAAUUCAUCACCACAUGUAGCUUCUCCACCAUUAUCUGGGAAAGGCAAGAAUUCUUCCCUGAACAGAGUCCCCAAGGUUAAUAAAGGCCUGGAGUUGCCAACCUCUUCAGUAGUUUCAAUAUCCGAGAUGGGUGAUUUAUUGCUUCAGAGCCGUGCUUCAUCCCAUUCCGCGACACCACAGUGGUCUUCAGUGGUUGACCAGGAACUACUAAAUGCACGACUACUGAUUGAGAAUGCACCCAUCAUAAACAAUGAUCCAAAUCUUUAUGCUCCUAUUUAUAGGAAUGUUUCUAUGUUCAAAAGGAGCUAUGAGUUAAUGGAAGACAAUCUCAAAGUAUACAUUUACAGGGAAGGAGAAAAACCCAUAUUGCACCAGCCACGACUCAACGGAAUAUAUGCAUCUGAGGGAUGGUUCAUGAAGCUGCUGGAAGCUAACAAAAAAUUCAUUACUAGAGACCCAAGAAAAGCCCAUCUUUUUUACUUACCCUUUAGCUCUCUGAUGUUGGAGGAAACGUUUUAUGUACCUAAUUCGCACAGCUUUGAUAAGUUUAUACAGUUUUUGAGGAACUACUUGGAUAUGAUUUCAGCAAAAUAUUCUUCCUGGAACAGAACUGGAGGAGCAGAUCAUUUUCUUGUUGCUUGUCAUGAUUGGGCCCCAGCGGAAACAAACCGAAUCAUGGCCAAGUGCAUAAGAGCCCUCUGCAAUGCUGAUGUCAAAGAAGGUUUUGUUUUAGGCAAGGAUGUGUCUCUUCCAGAAACAUACGUGCGCUUGGCUCGGAAUCCUCUCAGAGAUCUUGGAGGCAAACCUCCUUCCCAGAGGUCAAUUCUUGCUUUCUUUGCAGGGCGCAUGCAUGGCUAUGUAAGGUCAAUUCUGUUACAGCACUGGGAAAACAAAGAUCCUGACAUGAAAAUAUUUGGUCUAAUGCCAAAGGCCAAGGGCAAUAAGAACUAUCUCCAUCACAUGAAGAACAGCAAGUAUUGUAUAUGUGCAAAAGGUUAUGAAGUCAACAGCCCUCGCGUGGUGGAGGCCAUAUUUUAUGAGUGUGUUCCAGUGAUUAUAUCCGACAAUUUUGUGCCACCAUUUUUUGAAGUUUUGAAAUGGGAAUCCUUUGCUGUUUUCGUCUCGGAGAAGGAUAUACCAAAUUUGAAGACUAUACUCCUUUCGAUCCCAGAGAAGAGGUAUCUCCAGAUGCAAAAAAGGGUCAAAAAAGUACAAAAGCACUUUCUUUGGCAUGCUAAUGCUGUGAAGUAUGAUAUCUUUCAUAUGAUUCUCCACUCAAUUUGGUACAAUAGACUUUAUCAAUUAAAUCCGCGAUGAGAAACAGACAUUGUAUUUCUUGAGUUGGAUCAAAAGUGUCAUUCAGCAGCAGCAGAAAAGGAAAGUUCAGCAGCAUGUUCAAUAGCAGAAGAAAAGAAAAAUCUUGAUAUUAGCUCACACCGUACAUAUAUCAUGCCUUGUGCAAUUGAGGAAAAACUUUUUUGUAAUUUUUUUUUUUGACAUGACACUAGAAGAGGGAAAAGGGAAAUGGUGAUUUGAACUAGUAACCUUUGCUUGAGCCGA